AUGGUUGGACAAUGUGCUCCGCGUCUGGACAUGGGGUGGAAACUGCCAUGCCAGAAAGAAUCACCGGACUACGACCUGAUCGCGACCGCAAACCAUCACGGCUCCGUCCACGGGGGGCACUACACGGCCACUGCUAAGAAUCGGGUAAGCGGAGACUGGAACCUGUUCAACGACGAGCGUGUGGAGGGGCUAGAGGCCAAGGAGGUGCAGGCGGCCUCGGCUUACGUGCUCUUCUACACCAAGAUGUCGACGUUAGAAGAGUCGGUAGAAGACAACGACCAUGUCGAAGGCAUGCAAGGCCGACAGCACCAAGGGCCGGAUGGGGCGGCAGGAGCCACUGCCGCCAGCACGUGCAGCGCAGUCGGCGUCGGCGGCGGCGUCGGCGGCGGCGGGCGGUGGAAUAGGAGGAGCACUAACCCUGCCAUGAUGGGCAAGGGUUCUUCGGCGUUGUCGGGUGUAGGUGAUGAGGCGAACCCCAAGCCCGCGUCGCCGAAGCGCUCGGCGGCGGUGGUGAGGAGGCAAUCCGUAUCAAAGCCCCACAACUGGCCGCAUCUUCACUCGGACGAGUUCGAGCCCUCCUUCCAGCCAGCGUUUCAGCCGCCAGGUUCGGCGGGGUCGCGGUUACCGGCUUCGCAGCCCCACAACUGGCCGCAUCUUCACUCGGACGAGUUCGAGCCCUCCUUCCAGCCAGCGUUUCAGCCGCCAGGUUCGGCGGGGUCGCGGUUACCGGCUUCGCAGGUGAUGGAGGCGUGUCUGCCGGGCGGUGAACCGGCGGUUUCAUCAGCGACAGGGGCCAAAGACCGUAGCAGCAGCAGCGGCGGCUCACCCUCAGGAAACAGCAUGCUGACCCGGUCCAUGGCCGAGCAGGGCUAUGGCAGUCUUCUUUCCCACGGAAACGAGACAGGUGUAACGCUCCCAGACGUCCACCGUGACUCUCCAACUCGUUAUUCAGGGGGUGGGUUUGCAGACACCGGAGCCCCCGGCGGUUCGGGGAAAAACCACGGAUAUUUACGGGGUGGUGGUGGUGGGGCCGGCGACGACGACACCGUUUCGGGACGCCCGAGCUAGCAACGAAUGUCUCUCCCCCCCAUUCCCGAGUGUGAUUCGUCGGCGCCCCCAUUGUCGUCGCCGUUGCCCUCGCCGUUGGAGGUU